AUGCCAUCCAAGUUGGCGAGCUUGGGGCACUCAGAGGCCGCCUCCCAGCAGCCCACUGCCCAGGGGUGUCUGCGUCCUGAAGGCAGCAUGCUCAAGGGACUGCUUCCGAACAGUGAUGAAGAGCCUGUUCCCUGCUUGGGGUCCCCGGCUGCUGGCAACCGUCGGGGACCCGAGAGGAGCCCAGAGCUCCCCCUGGACACCCCAGAGCAAGUCAGCAACGAGGACCCACAGGCCCAAGUGAGACCCUUCACCCCAAAGCCGCCACCCCCGAGGCCCAGGCUGGAGCGGGCGCUAUCCCUGGAUGAGAAGGGCUGGAGAAAGAGGCGUUUUCGAACCAGUCGUGAGGACCUGACUCUGCGGAAUGGGGCCAGCCCCUCGGGGGGCUCCCUGCAGGACGAGACCCCCGGGACCCCCGCCCGCAGCGGCUCCCCACCUUGCCUGAGCGCCUCCCUGCAGGAGAUCCCCACGGCUCGCAGGGCCCCGGGCAGCGGGGGGCCCUCCUCAUGGGGAAACUGUCUUUCCGGGAUGAUCAGCACAUCCCUGGACCUGCUGCACCGGGAAGGGGCCUCGGCCGGGAGCGCCCCCCGGCUGGCCAGCCUGCUUUCCCCGCGCCCGCUGCCCGCCAUGGGCCGCAACGUGGCCUCCGAAGGCCUGCGGACAGCGAACAAGGUAGACCCGGAUCACGCCGACUACAAGCUCCGGCUGCAGGCUAGGCUGUUCCGGGCGCACAGCAGCCUGGGCCCCGGCCGGCCCCCCAGCCCCCUGGCCUGCGACGACUGCUCCCUUCACUCCUCCAGGUCCACCUUCAGCCUCCUGGCGCCCAUCCGUGCCAAGGACGUCCGGAGCAGGAGCUACCUGGAGGGGAGCCUCCUGGCGAGCGGGGCCCUGAUGGGGGCGGACGAGCUGGCCCGUUACUUCCCGGACCGGAACGUGGCCCUGUUCGUGGCCACAUGGAACAUGCAGGGCCAGAAGGAGCUGCCCCCGAACCUGGACGAGCUCCUGCUGCCGGCCGAGGCCGACCUGGCCCAGGACCUGUAUGUCGUGGGCGUCCAGGAGGGCUGCUCUGACAGGCGGGAGUGGGAGACGCGGCUGCAGGAGACGCUGGGCCCGCACUACGUCAUGCUGUACUCGGCAGCCCACGGUGCGCUCUAUAUGUCCGUGCUCAUCCGCAGGGACCUCAUCUGGUUCUGCUCAGAGGUGGAGAGCUCCACGGUGACCACCCGCAUCGUGUCCCAGAUCAAGACCAAGGGGGCCCUGGGCGUCAGCUUCACCUUCUUCGGCACCUCCCUGCUCUUCAUCACAUCCCACUUCACCUCUGGAGACGGGAAGGUGGGUGAGCGGCUGGUGGACUACAGCAAGACCGUCCAGGGCCUGGCCCUGCCCAAGAACGUGCCGGACACCAGCCCCUACCGCUCCGACGCUGCGGACGUCACCACCCGCUUCGACGAGGUCUUCUGGUUCGGAGACUUCAACUUCCGCCUGAGCGGGGGGCGGGCAGCUGUGGAGGCCAUCCUGAAGCAGGACCUUGGCUCCAGCAUGCAGGCCCUGCUGGAGCAUGACCAGCUCACCCGCGAGAUGCAGAGAGGGUCCAUCUUCAAGGGCUUCCAGGAGCCGGACAUCCACUUCCUGCCGUCGUACAAGUUCGACGUGGGGAAGGACUCGUAUGACACCACCUCCAAGCAGAGGACCCCGUCCUACACAGACCGCGUCCUGUUCAGGAGCCGCCACAAGGACGACAUCUGCCCCGUCAAGUACUCCUCCUGCCCCGGCAUCAGGACAUCCGACCACCGCCCCGUGUACGGCCUGUUCCGGGUCAAAGUGAGGCCAGGGAGAGACAAUAUCCCACUAGCUGCUGGGAAGUUUGACCGGGAGCUGUACCUGCUGGGAAUCAAGAGACGCAUCUCCAGAGAGAUCCAGAGGCAGCAGGCACUCAAGAGCCAGCACGCCAGCGCAAUCUGCACUGUCUCCUGA